UAAAGGAAGGGAUCGGAUCGGCAGUGUGAGCGGAGAAGAGCCAGGAGGAGGACGGAGCGCAGACAUGGACCUGAUAACAUUGCUUUAUAUUCUGGGGAUCAGCAGCUCACUGGCCUGGGGGAAUGUGAAACCCACAGCUCCUGAAGACCUUGAUGGCUCUGGAGACGAUGAGGAGGAUUUCUCAGGCUCAGGAAUGGAGAGUGUCUUGGUAGAGGUCUCCCCGACACAAGUCUCGCCUCUGGCCCCUACGGUCACACAGGUAUCCACAGCCCGGCAGCCGGAUAUUGCUAUUGAAGAGGAACGUGAUGUAGAAAAUGCUACUCGACCACAUGAUCUCGAUCUCUUUGAUUUUCACCCUGUUGGGAAAGAACCGUUUGCUGAGCAAACUACAACUCUUGACCCUACAACCCAUCAGUCAGCUACUGAAGAAUCUAAUGUAAAAAAACACCAUCACCACCAUCAUACAACCACACCAGGCACAUCCAUUCCUGCUGAGGUUGUUUUAGUUGACACCACUGCUAGUCCUACUGAAGAAUCUGAUGUAAAAAAACACCACCACCACCAUCAUCAUACAACCACACCAGGCACAUCCAUUCCUGCUGAGGUUUUAGUUGACACCACUGCUAGUCCUACUGAAGUUGAAAAGCCUUUUGUUGCCACCAAGGAAACUACCAUAAGUACUCCAGAUGGGGGUGACAUUCAUUUGGUUCAAGACGUUGCACCCACAACUGAAGAUUCAGUCCAACCAGUUGACCAUCCAGAAACCACCUCAGGCUUAACUAGUACUGCAUAUGCAGAAAAUGAGGAGACAACUGCAGGUCUAGCAGAUAUUGGUGAAAUUCCAGGCUUUGUGGACUCUGUGGAAAAGACUACUGUGACAGAUGAAGAACAUGCUCGUAAACAUCAUCAUCAUCAUCAUCACCACCACCAUCACCACACCACCACCACUGCGACCACCACCACUGCAAUCCUAUUGGAUGAGUCUGAUAUUCUUAUUGAGAAGACAACACAACAAUCUGACCAUCUUGAGCCUGAAGAAGAUCAAAACCAGCAAGGGGAAGCCACCACAACACCAACUAGUGAAGACAAACACCAUGGCCAUGAGCAUCACCAUCACAAACACCACCAUCACCAUACAACUACACCAGGGGCCACCCAGUCUACUGCCUCUGAGCAGGAUAUAGUUCAUACCAAGGAACCUAAGGGCAGGAGGGUCAACAUUCCCCCUGCAGAAAUGACAACUGCAGUUCCAGUACUACCUGAAGAUGAGGAACCUGUUGGCUCAACUGUGCGGUAUAACCACACUGUUGGUCCAGUACAAGACGAAGACAUCCCAGAUUCCAGCGAGGAGGAAUCGGGAGCUGGACCAGUGGAAACAGUAGAUGACUUGUUUUUUGAAGUUACGGCUUCGGUUGAUAAAAGUGACAAGAUGGCACCGGCCCCUGGUGAUGGCAGUGCAGGUGCCUCACAUGGAAUAAUGGAAAGGAAGGAGCUUCUUGCAGGUAUCAUUGCCGGUGGUUUGGCAGGAUUGGUGUUUGCUGCAUCCUUGGUGGCAUUUGUUUUCUACCGGAUGAAGAAGAAAGAUGAAGGAAGCUACUCCUUGGAGGAGCCAAAACAGUCAAAUGGGGGAUACCAGAAACCACGGGAGCAGAGGGAGUUUUAUGCAUAGACGUCCAUGGCUAAAAAAACGUUUUCACUUUUAGUUGCCCCCCCCCCAACGGCCUGUCUACUUGACCUACGCCCACAGCUUUUCCUAUGUGGCCUUUGUUCGGUACAGACUUCAAUAAACAUUCUUUUAAAAAAAAGUCUAAAGUGGCUCUUGUACAACACCAUGUCUUCAAGAGGAUGAAGGCCAUUUUUUUUUUUUUUUUCUCUCCUGCAGCCAAAGUCUAAAUUGGACUAAGGUGAAAGACUAACUUUGACUUCAGCUGCACCGGAAGAAAGUACAAACGUGCUCCACAUUCUAACAAGAACUUGGCAUUAAUGUUUGCUUGAUCAUUCUGCCGCAACCAAAAAUUUAGACCGAUGCCCCCCCCCCCCCCCCAAUGGUUAGUCUGUUAUUUAGUUUGACUCCAGCACUUAAAUUGCAAGCUUUUAUUGUGGAACUCUGGCUGAGUUGAUGCGUGUAGCAGUCGGGCAGCAGAGUUUUUGUAACUUGCACUGUUAUGGGUACCUGUUGGAGUCUGAUCGGCUAUAAGCAGCAAAAGUUUCUCCCGUCCCACUGGUUAGAAUUCCACCCAGUUGAAAAUGUGCACCGUUGUUUAACAAUAUUGGAACUGUAAUGCGUGUCCAUUCAAUGUACCUAUCUAUAUUAAAUCUUCAGGCUGUGCCAGGGUAUUUAAAAAAAUAUAUAUACUUAAGCUUUAAACUGCCACACAUUUAUUCAUAGCUUUAAACAGGUUUGUGCACACAAACAGUUGACUAUUCAAGCAUUAACAGCAUUCCAAUGUGCACCUUUUUUUUAUUUUUUUACUUUUUAAAUCUAUUGCACUACCCUGUCAACAGGUCUGCGUUUUUUGUUUUAUUUUUUAAUUGGAUUGGUUUUGCAUUUUUGAUUUUGCUCGCUAUAAACUCUGUAGAUUUAUAAUUCUUGUGUAGACUCUACCAAGCCAAAAUGUCCCCCUUUUUUUUUUUUUUUGUUUUAUCUGCCCCAUGUGAUUUUUUAUUUUGAGUGCAGUGCCAACAAUUUUUAAUGUAUAGUGUUCUUAAAAUGCAAGUGUAUAUUUGUAAUGUAAAUUUGGUACGAGUUAAGGGAAAGUGUAAAAUUUGUAGGUUAAAGAGGGUGUUUUUUGUUUUUUCCAAUAUGUCUUGUCCUGCUAUCCUUCUAGAAAUGGUUUCCUUUUUGAACAUGGUAUGUAUGUAUGCACGGAGAGGGGUUUGAGUCUGUAAAAUAAGUUUAAACUUUUGAAUUGGUAUGAUGAGUUUUGGGGGUAUAAGUAUUUUUGUUAUGGGUGGUUGCUGGUCUUGAACAACCCACUGGCUUCUUUUAUCUUUAGGCACAAACAUCCCUUUACCUGACUUGCUAGCUUGUAAUCCUAAUGGGAAAGUUUGCCUAUUUUUUUUAUUUAAUUUUUUUGGUUUAAUUGAUCUUCACUGUUAAGAACUCAAGUGGCUGUGCAGGCAGUUGUACAUAGAUGGCACAGUGCCAUGAAGGAGCAGUGUAUAUAAGAAAUAAAGGAGAUGAGGCUUUUUCAGCAAGACCUACAAUGUUUCACUGGCUGUAGUGGGUUAGGGUGUGUAGGUUUUUUGUUUUUUAACCAUGUCGCUGCCUGCAUCUGCUUGUCACGGAGUUCAUCAUGGUUUUUGUAGCCGCAGUUGAUGGAGUUGCAACAUAAGAGGGGCUAGGCUGUGGGAAGAUACUGCACUCUGAUGCUCAGGUGCAGUUUGGGAUUGCCCUCUGAUGUGUUCCAACCUGAGACACGGACAGAUUUAAACCCUCAUUACUUUUAUCUAAGAGUUGCACCCUAUAGAAUACCAGGGCAGAUGGAAACCUGGCUGUCAUGCUUAUCUAAUGUCUUUAAUGCUUCCAAAUUACUGACGAGACACCAACAUCAAUGUUGGGAUUGAUGCAUUUUGGAAAGAAAAUGUACAAUGCACAUGGCUGAGAACUAGUGCCAUUUAAAACCAUAUCAAAUCUGUGGCAUGCAUUGAUGUGUGGUACAACUCGUAGGUGUGGAUGGUUAAGGUAAGCUGCUUCUGGCACAGUUGGCGGUUUAGUAAGGGGUGUGUGGUUUUAAUGUUCUCCCUUCAAGGUUUUAACGGGCCGUGAUCCAGAGCUGCCUGCCAGCAGCGCCCUUUUCCCCACUACAAGGUAGGACAGUGCUGGAUUACUUGGUGACCUUCAUAAGAGCAGCAUUGGAGAUCCACAUCUCUGAAGGGAACCGAGUACUAGGACUGUCUGGGGGCAUUCUGGAUUGACUUUAAGUCGUGUAUAACUCCCCCAAACGUUCCUAAAUAUAAUGCUAUAUAGCAGACUGCUUUUACUCUGCUGGAUGUUUAUAUCUGUAAAUAGGUUUUAAAAAUUUUCGACAGAUUGUUUUUUAAUUCUCACCUUACCCCUGAUAGAACUCCUUGUAUGCAGUAGGUGUCUCCCCACAAGGGGAUGUGCUUAGCCAGAAUCCUCUAAAUACAAGAAGUUUUAAUUAAAGGGCUUUUGACUCAGGGACUGAAGGUGAGAAACCAGCAAUAAACUGUUAUGUAAAUUGUAUUUUUCGGUAAAAUUGUCGAUCUUUGUGCCUUUACAACUUUGCUAUGACUUUAUGCAACACAUGCUGGUUUUCAAUAUAUUUUUUUUUUUUUCUCUCCUAGAAAUGUCAUGUAAAGUUAUUCAUCCAAUCCACUUUAAGCAAUGUGUUGUAAGGGUUUAAUGUAAUAAAAAAAAAAAUUCUUGGAAAA